AUGGGUAAAAGAUUUUCAGAGAGUGCGGCAAAGAAAGUAGCCGGUAUGGCUAAGAAGGCAGAAAACGCAAAGAUUAAAGCGAGAGCUGAAAGGGAACGUAAAGAAGCUGAAGAAGCUAGCAAAUGGACACAAGGUGCAAAAUCUAAUCAAAGAAAACUGGAAGAAGAACAGAAGAAACAAGAAAAAUUGAAAGCUAAGAAAGAACGAGAAGCUUUAUUGGCGGCUGAAGAAGAAGAAUUAGAAAAAGCUGGGAAGGGCAAGAGAAGAAAUUAA